AUGACGAAAGACGUAAUUCCAAAAGCAGAAAACACCGAUGAAAUCGUCGAAGAAAAUUUACUGAAACACACGUUUAUUGCUAAACGACAAGUUUUACGUAGAAAUCAAGUACCCAUGAAAUUCCGGAACAACUUGACGUAAAAAUUAAUUUUUUCGUACAAUAUGUACCUACGUACUCAUUAAACAUUUAAAAAAAAAACUGUGAACGCAUUCAUCUAAAGAAAAACCUUAAUUAUAAAACCAUAAUCAUAAAAACCUUAAUUAUUUAUAUUUGUUCUCGUAGAUCAGCAAUAAAACAAACAGAAAAGGAACGUUCAGAACUUGUCAAGAACUUGAAUGUUACACUGCAACCAUCCAAAUUGAAGGAGGAAGAUCUUGAUCAAAAAGAAAUACUCGAACUAUACAAUCAAGAGAGGCUGGCCUAUGCAAAACUAAAACAAUUAAGAAAAUAUUAUAUAGAUCUAAAUCAAGAAGUUGGUAGAUGGCAAAAAAAAGAAAGUAAAAAACAAAAUCAAGUUAACCAUUUUGAAAUGAGAAUGGAUAAAGAGCAGAAAACGUAUGGUGAUAUGGAAAAAGCAUUAUACAGAGUGAGUGAAACAAAAUCAAUGAUAUGAAAUGAUACCUAACACUUUUACUGUCUAAUUUUUUCAUAGAAAAUAAAUACAUAUAACGACGGAGUGAAAAAACAAAAAGAGCUCAGAGAGUUGUAUGAAGGUCUGCGCAGAGAAACUUCACAAAAACGCGACAUAUAUGAUUCGCUAAUUUUUCAAUUGAACAAAGAGGCAAAAAUUACAGUCAAUGUCGCCGAAGAAGCUAUAAAAUCGUGUCAAGAAAGGUAAGUGUAAAAGUAAUAAUAUGUUACAUAAAUUCGAAAUUGAACAUAUCACGAAAAAUAUAACAAUUUGUAUUAAAUAUAAAAACAUCGAAUAAAAAUGAACUGCGUAUGUUGUAAUUUUAUGUAAUGUUCGAAGUUUGAAUUUUAUAUGUAAUAUACACGUUACUACAGUGUUCGAAUAGGAGAGAAGCGUGGAGUAACGGGAGCUUCACUGCUAUUUUUAUUUCACUUUAAUACCCUCUUAAUAAUUAUUUAUAAUAAUAUUGAGGGACGGCCAGUACACUAAACUUUUUGCAAAUAAUAUUUCCAAAAAAUAUGACGUGUUAAUCGUGUUAUCAAUUCAAAUAUAUUCAAUAUUAUAAAUGUAAGGUAAAUAUUUUAUUUAAAAUUUGAAUUCUAAAAAGGAUUGGUAAUAUUAAUGUUCAGGCCUCAAAGGAAGGUUAAUUGAAAAGGUAUAAUAUUAUAGAGGGAAAUUUAAUGUACAUCUGUAAGCAAAGAUUAAUCGUUGCUAACGAAAACCAACUCUGAACUCGGUCAAAGGUAUUAUUUUUCAAAAAUAUAUUUGUCAUAUUACGACGGCUUGGAUCUCUAGGCGCACCGAAAAUGCAUUUGUUUUUUCCCUGUUACCUACUUAACGUGGAUUUGCAACGUGGAUCAGGGUCUUACGACAAUUGAGCGCAGAUAAUUGAGCGCACGACAAUUAAGCGAAGACUAUUGAGCGAACGACAAUUGAGCGCUGCGAAAAUUAAGCGCUGAGACAAUUGAGCCCAAUAUAUAUAAGCGCUAAAAAGGUUAGGUGAUAAUUUAAAAAAUAAAAAAUAAGUCAUAGCAUGGUUAAUAAUACAUUAUCGGUCAAAUCAGUAAAAAUAAAAUAUAUAAUAAAAAUGUUAUAAAAAAUGUUAUUGUCAAGUUAAAAUAUUUUGAGCAAUGCCUUUCAAAAACAAAGUCUAAAACUGCUUGAGUACUAAGUUCAGUAUGUUUUGCCGUUGUUUUUAAAAAUUGCACUGCUUUUCUCGCUUCAAUUUUUGAAAUAUCGGGUCUAUGGUUGUGCUCUUUUUCACUUUCAUUAAUAAUUUGACCAUCCGUCAAAUUAAUACGACCACGAAAUUUUUUCGCAUUGCAUUCGAUACAUCGCCAACUACUGUUUUUGUCAAAUCUGUAUAAAUAUCCGUUGUAACACAGAAGGUCUCGACCUUUUUCAUUUUUAAUAAAUUCCAUUUAAAAAAAUUAAAAUGNAUAAAACGAAUAAAACGUAUAAAACGUAUAAAACGAAAAGAGAAAUGAAAAUAAUGAAAAUAAUAGUGAAGUUAUCCAGCGAUAAGAACCUAUAGAUCUACUGCUGCGUUAUCGUCAUUGGAAUUUUAUUCUAAUAAAAACUAUAUAAUAUAUAAUAACUAUAUAAUAGCAUCGUAUCGAUACGAUACGAAUGAUGCGGCAACGAAUUCAUUUCUAAUUUCGUCAUUUCGUGUUCUACUCAGUUUAGUAUUAUAGCGCUCAAUUGUCUCAGCGCUAAAUUGUCGCAGCGCCCAAUUUUCGCCACGCUCAAUUGUCACGCGCUCGAUUGUCGGGACACCGUGGAUCUGGGUUGAUAACAGGAACGUACCAUCACUAAACUACAAAAGACAUACAUAAAAUUGAAAAUAUAGGCUUAUUUAACAUAAAUCACAUAAUACGAGGUUUGACUAUUAAAUAAAGAGACUGCGCGCGCAGAGAGCGUCCCAAAAAAGUUAGGGAAAAAUCGAAUACAGCGCUAGUUAGCUGGAAGUGUCUAUUAUGCCAGUACAAAAUUGGGUUUUUGUUGGUGCAUUAGUAUUUUUUCUGUAGCGUUUAGAAACGAAUAUGUUUUUUCUCUUGCCGAAAACGAUGUGUGACGAAAAACAUGAGCAACAGAUAAACGUAAAAUUUUCUCGUUAAACUAAAAAAAACUCCAACUGAGUGCUAUAAGUUAUUAAAAGAGGCCUAUAGUGAGAAUUUCCUAUCUCGGGCGCGUAUUUUUGAGUGGCAUAAAUUAUUUUCUGAAGGCCGAGAGUGCACCGGAAUCCAAUUCAGUCGUAAUCCAAAUUCAAAACCGUUUUCUUCGAUAUCAACGGCAUCGUGAUGACUGAAUGGGUUCCAGAGGGUCAAACUGUGAACCAACAUUACUAUUUGACAGUUUUGGCAACAUUGCGCGAAUGAGUUCGUAAGAAACGGUCGAUAUUGUGGAAAAACAAGUCGUGGAUCUUGCACCAGGAUAAAGCGUGAAGCGUUAUUUGGCCGCUUAAGGCAUUCCAGUACUCGAACACGCGUCUUACUCACCCGACUUGGCACCCUGCGACUUUUACUUGUUUCCGAAGAUAAAGUCUGCCUUAAAAGGAAUCCGGUUUUAGUCGAUGGAAGAGGUGAAACAAAAAUCGGCGGAACUCCUGAAUGGUCUUACGAAAACAGACUUCCAGCACUGCUUCGAGCAAUGGAAGAAACGAAUGAAACGGUGUGUGGCGAGGGGAGGAGAGUAUAUUGAAAGGGAACAUUUGGUUGUGGAAUAAUUUUAAAAAAAAAAACCAUUUUUCAUAAAUAGUCUCGUUAUUUAAUAGCCAGACCUGUAUCAGAACUUCAAAAAGCUAUAAUUUCGAAACUAAGUCAGUCAACUUAAUUUGGACCUUACCAUUGCUAUUAAAUCGACAAUUUACAUAAUAUAUAUUUAAAACAAAAAACAAAGAAAAUUAAAAAGUAAACCAGUAACUAGAUUUAUUCCACAUAAUUUUAUCUAGAUAAAUGUUUAAUUAUCUUUAUUCAACACUGUCCACGAGUUUGGUUAAAUUCGAUAAUAAAUUGCAAGGAAGACUUAUUUUUUGUAAAUCUUGUAGUCACUAUUCUUUUAAUCCUUUAAUUCAAGUACUGGGCAGGGGAAUUAGGUACCUACUAAUGUACAUUUGGAUAAUAAUUGCAAGUCGUAAAAAUUGUUUAUUAACGUAACCAUCGUGUUUAUUAGAGAAAACACAAUAACCGCACUAGAAAUACUAAAAGAAUCUAAUGAGACUGAGAGAAGACAACGGGAAGAGAAAAUGUUCAUGACAAAAUAUAAAUUACGAAACGAUCUUGACCAAAAUGAAUGUUUAGAAAUAAAACGUAGGUUAUUUUUUAAAUAAUGUUAUUAAAUAGGAGUAAGUACAGUUGACUACAGAGUGUCCCAAGAAUAUACCCUUUGCACUAAUAUUUCCUGAGAUAAUAAAGAUAUUCAAAUUCUCUUCUCUUUUUUUUUUAUAUUACUUACUCGCAGAGAUGAGGACUACAAAUAUUUAUAUUUGAAUCAAAUGUUCUUGUUUUAUUGAAAAAACUAAAUUAUCUCCGGUUACAAUGAGUAUAUCUUCAUGGGAUACCCUACAUAAAUAUUAAAAACUGUACAUAGAGUGUAUCGUGUUUAAAAUGUAUUAUUGGAAAACAAUAAUCAUUUUAAACCCGACAAGACAAUAUGUAUAGGCUCUAUUUUUUGGUACAAACUAAAAGUAAAUAUCUACGAAUAUUUUCUAUUUUUUAGAUGCUUUUCGUCAUAAUCGACAUAAGAAUAAUAUGAAAACCGAACAAGAGAACCUCAAAAAAGAAAAUCGACGCCGAAAUGCCCUUGCGUUCAUAAAAUACUUAAUUCGUAUUGAGGGAGAUGUAAACUUAAAAACGAUCACCGACAACAUAGAAAAAAUGAAAUUAGACAAGAAGAGUUUGUUCCGUCUAUUAAUAUUCUUUGAACAGCAAGUAAGUAUAUAUGUGGUUAAUUAAGUUGAAAAAUGUGUGCAAUAUUAUAAAAUAUUAAAAUAGCAUUACACCAAGUGGCGGCUUGGCUAUAAAUUACUUUGUUGGCUAAAUAAACAAAAUUACUCUUUCAUACAGGUACAGUUAGAAAGACAUGAAACUCACCUACCACACUAAAAUUCCUCCUAGCUAAAAAAUAAAAUACCUACCUAAGGUUUAAGCUACAAUUAAAUAUACUAGCCCCGUCAACCAAAACUUCAUACCCAAUGGGCCAUUUUUAAUCAAAAUAGUUAAAAUAUAAAAUAUUUAUUUCAGAAAUGUCUACUUAUUUAAGUAAUUUGACGUGUUGUAUAUUGUACGGAAUAAUUAUGGUCUAUACGAUUUUGUUUUAACCUUUGUGACAAUCUUAUAUAUUAUGUUUUAACAUUUAUUUCUUCAAAAUUAAAUUAUAUAAUAUUAUAAUUUGGUAAAUAAUUUUUAUUUUUGAUCUUAUUUACUUAAGUAAGUAUUUACUCUAGCAAAGUGUUGUUGGAGACUGUGAUAGGUCUGAUGUAUAUAUUAUAUACUACUCUCAAACUAAAUAAACAAAUAAUUGAAUUCUAAUAACUAAAGGACGUCCUAGGAUAAUGAGGACAGAUGCAGUCACUAUUAUAAAUAAUUAAAUGUAUACCUGUAAACAACAAUAAGCAAUUGCUUACAUAAAAACGAUUAUGAGCGGAGUUCAGUUGAUAGUGAUGCUUUAUCAACAAUACAUAUGUAAUUUAUAAAAAUAAUUAAAUAGUCUUUGUUUUCAUUAAUAAUAUUUGUUUAAUGUUGUAUCAAUUUUCUCAAUUUUCUUAUUUUUUUCCCGAUUUGUCCAUGUUUUAUCCUGGUUUUUGCUGGAAAACCCCUGAUAAAAUUGAAAAAUUACCUCUUUAAAGUAGCUCCCUAGUGGAAAUUCCUUUUAGAAACAUUGCUAUCAAUAUAACUUAGAGCAAAAUUGUUGGUAGAAAAGUUGUGCACAGAAAAAAAGAAAGCUGUAAUAUAUUUUAAUUAAUACCUACAUUUCUUAUAUUUUCCCGUUUUUUAUUGGUUUUUUUCAAAUUUGAUGAGAAAACUCCUGAGAAAAUCGAAAGGUUACUUCCCUUAAGUAGUAAAGUACCUCCUUACAACGAUUUUUUUUCAGAAUAGGUACUACAUUUAGAAAUCCGAACUAGUCUUCUGGUAGAAAAUUUGUUAACAGAUUAUAAAAUCAUAAGCUUCUUCGUUCCACUCAGAAACUAAAAUUUUGGUUUGGUGAUUUACUGAACACACUCUAUAUACGUUCAUUGAAAAUAAUUAACUGAGGAACAACAGAUUUAAAUUUGUUUGACGGAAUGGUGUAUGUAAGUUAGAUCGAUUGUGUUAAUUACGAAAAGUUAAAAUGAAAGAUCUAGAGGGCAUCAGUAGAAACUUUGAGACGGUGACGUCCCAAUAAUUAUAACAUAUUACAGCAAAUAUUUGUUUAACUAUUUGUAAUCUAUGUAAAAAUCUACUUUUUUAACCUAUUUUUAAUGUAUAAUAUACAUAUAUUGUAUGUGUGUAUGUAUUCUCUUCAUCGCGGUGUGUGUAUGAAUACGUAUGAAUUACGUUCAGAGUUUUUUUUCAGAAUUAGCGAUAACGACGGACAAUGUACAAGAGCGCUGGCAGAAAUUUUCACCGAGAGGGGCGGUGGAGCAAGAUGUAUAUUAUAUAGCCCAUUCCGGCUCUCCUUCUGUGAGCGCCCUUGACGACGCGGUCGUAAAACCAAUGAGACGUUCGAUUAAUAGUGUUUAUUAUAAUAGAUAGCUUAUAAAUAAAAGUCCGGGGGAUCACAGUAAUAAUGGUUUUUAUAUGGAGUCCGUAAAACUAGUCUCGGCCACCAGACAGAACGUUAUUCUGUACUCGCUGCGUACAUUUAUGUAGUAUGUCGUAAACCUUGUCUCGUUUUUUAUUAAAAAUUAAAAAUAUGAAAUUAAAACAUUGUACAUUAGAUGAGUUUUCUACGAUUUUCAUUAAUUCACGUUUAAUGAAAAAUAUAAAUAAAAAAACUAAGUUAAUUCAAGCUAACCUGAUCAGAUAUACCAUUGAAUAUAUACUAACAUUUCAAGUAAAAAUGUAUAUAAAUACCCAAUAGUUACACAAAAGUUAAGUCUCCUCGUAAAUUUUAUUCACGCAUCCGAAGCCGAGUCACACAGCUUCCAUAGUAGAUAAUAACCUGCGUUGAAUACACCUAAAACUUUAACCGUGAGUUAUAGUGUUAGGAUAGAAAGAUCGUUGUAAGAUUAUUAGUUUAAAUCUAUUUUGGUGUUAAAAUUUUUCAUUUCCGUUAACCCGUUGAGGAGAUUAUUUUAAGUUUAGGUUGGGGGAAAGUGAUGAAACCCUUUUAAAACACCACGUGCCGUGACGCUAAGUAAUCAUACAUUAUCUCCCGAAUCAACUAGAUUGCUAUGUUCCUAAGAAAAAUUAAACUUGCAUUUUUUCGUUACACAACUAUCAUACGCACCAUCUAUGUUUUUAGCUACCAAUUUUGCACCAAUGGUAAGGUAUCAACUAUCAAUGCGAUUAGCUGGACCAAGUCGGCGAUACGGUGAUCGCCGAAUAGACCCUCUCCUAAGGUUUCCAUUUGAGUUUCAAAAAUUGACUCUCAAAACCUCCUCCCUCCUCCCAAAGAAAAGAAUUACAAAUGUUUUACAUGUUUUUAAAUCAAAAAACUUUUGUAUUAUAUAUACAUUUUCUCUAUUUUAAAUACUUAUAUGAUAAAAUGUCUGUAACAUAACUUUUAAAUCACCCUGCAUAUGCAGAUAUCACGUAACCUAUUUUCAUUUUAACUCAUUAUUUUAUUGUUAAUAAAAGUUUUCGGAAUUGGAGAGGACCAUGGGGCUUGAUAAAGAGAUGGUAGCUGACAAAACCCAAUCAAAUGUCAACAGUUACGAGCUGUACGAAUGUCAGAUAAAAAAGUAUUUGGAGAAAAUUCAAACGAACGAGCAGGUCAUCAAAGAAAAAAAAACCUUCAUCAACAGCUUGCAGAACCUGUACGACGAGGUGAACGAAAGGAUUUAUGGUAUAUUCCAAGCACUUAGGUGUGAUCCAUCGGCUGUGGAACAGUUCGGAGUCGUCGAGAUGCCCAACGAGUAUAACAUUAUUGACUAUGCCAAGGAAAUGGAAAAGAAAUCAGUCGAGUUACUGUACAAAGUCAACUGCAUUGAGAACAGCUGUUUAACCGGACAGAAUGAAGAUCCGCUGACGUCCGAUGCAGAAUCCAAGGAAAAUCUGAUUACCAAAGAUUACAACUGCAUAGAGAUAAAAAUGCACCGGUUCUUAGACAUGGCAGACAACGCGACAUUGCCUGUACCCGUUAAUAAACUCGAUCUCGGAUACACACCAUCACCAUGUCCUCAGUAACUAUACUUGCGAUUAUUCUGUAUUUAAAAAAAAUUCAACCCCCUGGUUAGUUUUAAAAAAAUCUGUUAUACGUACUCAAUCCACUCUGCUCUAUUAGCCCAAAAAAUUUGGGAUUUAAUCGUUAGUAAGAAAUUUCUGACUAACCUAAAUUACCUGAUUAAUAAGUAUUAUAUUUUUGGGAAUUUGUACACUAAAGCCAACUCAUUAUCAUCAAUUUACUCUUAUAUUUUCUCUCUAAUAAAUUAAGUACCUUUAUAUUUUAUUUUCAUAUCUCAUGAUGUAUCCAAUAUUAUGGCAUGUCGAAUUAUUAUUUUAAAAAAUUGUUUUUACUUUUAGUUGUGUAGAAACUCGAUUCUUAGAAGAUGGGCCAUGCAAUCUUCUAUCUCCUAGUGAAAUGAACAUGAUCAAGCCAUCUUCAAAGGUGAGAAAAUCAAACACGUGCUGUCCUGAAGUAUUAAAACGACUAGAUUUUAAGAACAUUAAUCCAAAAGUAGCAGUUUUACUGCAUGACAAGAAUAAUUGCAGAAAGACGCAAUGA